AACUGUCGCCGACGAAUCUCAAUUGCGUACACUCCUCAAAAAGAGACCCGUAAUCUUUCGUCACUCAUAUGUAGUACGUGACGUGAAGAGGUGUAUGCUCUCGUCUGGUUUCUCCGCCUCCGACGAGUUUGACAGAUGACUGACCGUCGGCGUCUGACGAGUUUGACGAAGUGAGAACCGUAAGGAAGCCGUGAGCCGACAUGGAGGCAGUGCCGAGAUUGCCGAUGAUAUGGUUCCAGCUAAAAGUCAGUCCGGAACCGACCACAUUUGGGCCGAAGCUCAAACAGUACAUAAAAGAUUUUUACAAUGAAGACCCGGAGUCGUACAACAAUGAAAUACAUCAGUUGGAAAGCUUACGCUCUAUGGCAGUUAGACCACCAGUUGAUAUGGCUGGGUGUGCACUGUUAAAAAAAUAUUAUUGCCAGUUAUAUUUCCUUCACAACAGAUUUCCCAUGUACAAGGAAGACGCUGCCGCUGUCACAUUUACAUGGAGAGAUGCCUAUGCAAAUCUGGUGUGUUCAUUGGGUAGCAUUCGUUUUGAGAUGGUAUCAAUUUUGUACAAUAUCGGAGCAAUGCACAGCCAGUUGGGUGCACGGACCGAACGAAACAGCGCAGAUGGAAUGAAAAUGGCGUGUACUCAUUUUCAAUGCGCAGCAUGGGCUUUUGAACACUUAAAGAACAGUUUUCCUCAGCCUGGUAUUGAUCUGUCACCGGAAUUGAUGACAUUUAUGCAUCAGCUCUCCCUGGCGCAAGCUCAAGAAUGCAUAUUGGAGAAGAGCAUGCUGGACAAUCGUAAGCCGACAAUUGUAGCAAAAGUUGCAAAGCAAAUAGUAGAUUACUUUAUCAUGGCCCUAACUACAUUGGAGCAAGGAGGAGUCGAAGAUAUCGGAACUAUAUCUGAUAUUGUGGGUAAUAAAAUUUACAAGAGCUGGAAACGCUACGUCAAAUUCAAAAAGGCGUAUCAUAUGGCUGUUACGUAUCUUUACCAAGGUCUUGCUGCAGAAGAACAAAGGAAAAUGGGAGAGCGAGUAGCUUUUUAUAAUGCUGCGUUAGCAUCCCUUAACGAGGCACACACAAUCUACGAUUUUGCAAACGUUAAAGAAGAGAAAGCCGCAGUGGAAGAAUCGCUCACGUUUACCAACGAUGUGAUUGAAGGCAAGAGAAAAGCCGCUAAAAGCGAGAAUGAUUUUAUCUAUCACGAAGAAGUGCCUGAAAAAGAGAGCCUUCCUACAGUGAAAGGCGCGUCCUUAGUUAAAGGAAUACCAUUUAACAUAAAUGAUCCCGAGGUAUCGGGACAAGAUAUAUUUGCAAGAUUUGUUCCUAUGAAAGUACACGAAGCCAAUUCCCUUUAUUCGGAAGAAAAAGCCAAAAUAUUACGUUUUAUUGGAGCAAAAAUUGACGAAAAAGACCAAUAUCUUAACACUUAUCUUACUUCCUUGAAGCUAGAACAUAUGAAUUUAUGGGAUCCCGAUACACAGACUUCAGGGGAAUGGGAAGUUUUACCUCUCCCGGAAGAAUUACUCGAACGUUGUGCUGCGCUUAAUGCAAAACAACAUGUCAUUCAGGAUUUAGUAGAUAUUAUGGGAAAAUUAUCUGAAACAAGUCAAGAUGUUGAGAAAGUAUUAAAAGAAAUAUUAAAAUAUCUGAUGGAGGAGGAACAAAAGGAAAAACAAUACCAAGAAACAGUAGGUAAAAGACCACCAUCGAUAGUAGCAACGGAUUUAACGAGAGAAGCUAAGAAGUAUGAAGAAGCACACAAUAAGGCUUCUGAGAGUAAUCAAGCUCUCCAUAAAGCGAUAACAAUGCAUGUAAAAAAUUUAAAAAUUCUUGCGCAACCACUGGCUGAUUUAAUGGCUCAGAUCCCUUCACCAAACACGCACCUUGCAGAAGGUUCCGAAAAAUCACAAACUAAAGAAAUAGAAAAAAUGCAUACUAAAGAAUUAAAACGUGUAUUAAACAAAGUAGACGAGAUGCGAAUGCAGAGACUUGAUCUGCUUACCAAAUUACGAGAUCAAAUUGUCCAAGACGAUCUGACACGCUUACUAGUCACGGUCACGUCUGAAUCUGUUUCUCUGGAUCGUUUAUUUUCAGAUCAACUUAGCAAACAUCAGAGUUUGGUGAACUUGAUAGAACAAAAUCUCGCCGCACAAGAUAACAUAUUAGCAGCUUUAACGGAUGCAUACGCACAGACUGCCAAUGUACGUAAGAAUGUGGAAGAAGUAUUGAAACGUAGAGAAAUGAUGAUAUCUUCUUUAAUCAAUUCUUACGACGCGUACGAGGAUUUGCUAGCUAAGUCGAGCAAGGGUUUAGAAUUUUACAGGAAAUUAGAAAUAAAUGUUUCAAAGUUGCUGCAGCGAGUUAAAAGCACAUGUAAAGUGCAAGAAGAGGAGCGAGAGCAGAUACUCGCGCAGGACGGUAAGAACACAUACGAGAAGACCGACACGACAAUAUCAUCGUCUUACGAUCAACAACCACGUCCUCGAUCUGGUAACGGCUUAAAGCUGAAGGAUUAUUUGAAUAAUAGAGUUGAAAGUACCACCGGUUAUCAAAAUCCAUAUUACAAUUUGUACAAAGGACAUGUCCCUCCGAUGCCAGUUGAUUCGAAAUCAUUGGCAACCGACAUGGGAAACAAGAAUGUAAUUCAGUCUCCGAGUACAAUACCUGUAUCGGAAAUUCCGUCCUCGGCUGCAAAGUCAUCGCAACAUUACUAUUCUGCCACGUCAUAUACCGAUUACAGAACGAGUUCUCCAUAUCCGUAUGCUACACAGACUUACUACGAAAAUCCGGUUGCUAAUAGCAUCUUAAAUCAGAGCUACUUGCCGACAACUACGAGCACUACGAGCGUCUAUCAGCAGUCAACUCUAUCUACGCCAACUGCAGGCGCAUCUAAUUCGAGCGCGCAAUACCCCGCCAGUUCCUACCUAUCUAAUGGACAGACUCUAUCCACAUCUAUUGGACAAGACAAAUUCCAUGACGUCUCUUCAAACUAUAAUACUGCUAUUUCUAAUACUGCUUUGCAGUAUGAUGCUUAUCAGUCUCCAACGGGUUAUAAUAGCUAUAAUGUUGCAACACCGUAUAUUCCCAAUCAAGAAAAUGUUUCUGUUAAGAGCGGAACCGCCGAGUCAACAUCUACGCACGUUCAGUCAGUAGCGCAAAUACCCGUUUCUACGAUCGGAGCUGCGGCAGCGAGCAACACCACAUCGAUAGAUAAUCAAGGACAAGCUUCUUACGGCAUCAUGCAACAAGUACAACAAUAUGAUAAUCAACAAAAGAUUUUGAAUCAAGAGAUGUUUCACGGUGGUCAAAACGCUGCUAGAUCGUCUCAACAAACUAUGCCAACGAAGGAUAGUACGUUGACGCAGAAUUACUCACUCCCUCAGACUGCCCACUCCGAUAUCACAUAUCCGCAAAACUACCAGAGUACGACGUAUUAUAAUCCAGCGGAGAUGCAAGCUCGAAUCCCUUUUACUCAGGCCACAUACGAUACAGCUGUCGUUUCUCCGACGCAAUAUAUGCAAUCGCAGCAACCGAGUACGAGCAAUCAGUCUGCACAUUCCGUACCGUUAACAAAUGAAACUUCAGUAUCGUAUUCUUCGAAUUUACAUGGCGUUAAUCCUGUUCAAUACUCACAGCAGACUGGUACGGAACAAAAUGCACAGAAUUACACGGAUAAAACGUACGCUGCGUACGGCACACAGAUACAAAUAAAUGCUGUCGCCUCGAAUUAUGCAAGUACUUAUCAGAAUUAUCAGCAUGGUGCUACUACGAGUGGUACGCCGUACGACCAGACUAUACUACCAGGGGACCACGCAUCCAACACAUAUGCUUACAUAAACAACUCGAAUAAUUCAGAAAUAAUACAAAGCCACGCGAAACCGACGACGACAGUGCCGAGUUACUCACCAUCCUAUCAAUAUUCACAACAAGUUCCUUACUCGGGAUACAUGCAAUAUCCAAAUUAUUCACAGGAUCAAAAUUAUGCCUACAUGCAGAGCACGCACGGAACGAAUACAAUGGCGUACACAUAUAAUCCUGCGCAGGGCUAUACCUACGCUCAAUCUAAUCCCCAAGAUACACAGACUUCUCAAACAUUGGAGGCAACGGUUUCGGUAACGUCCUCCGAUGUCACGAUUAGUGGCAUUUAUCCGCAGGAAACAAACGCGAGAUACACGAACGCGGGCAAUAAUGCCGUAGUCAGUCAAACGCCAUCCUCGCAAUACAGUCAAGCUUAUCAAACUCAAACAGGAAAUGAUACGUACUAUACCACACCUUAUGGUCUUCAAAUGCAGGGUCAAGCUGGUUCCGUAACAAGACCUGAAAAUUACACUAAUUACAAUCAAACGUACAUGCAGGCCGUCAAUAAUGGAACGAAUACAACGACAAGUGCUAAUCCGAUGAAACUCACGACCAAGUCCGAAGAACCGAAGUCGAAUGUCGAUCUUCUCUCCGACCUAGACAUUACUAUAAACCAUGCGCCUCUUGUGCCAGAAGUGCGGCCUCUUUCGACCGUCCAGAAGAAAGAAGAGCCGACAACAAGCGAUACUGCAGAAAAUAAUAAGACAGAGAAGAGCGAACAAGACAAAUCCUCUAAAAUUGAACAAGAAGGCGCAGCUUCCAUAGAAGAUAAAAGUGAUCAUGAAAAUUUACAAAUUGUAUGGGAUACAUGGUACAAUGACGUCCAACCGAAAAAAGAUCCUCUAGGAGAACCAGCAGCAUUACAAAAAUUUAUUAAUGACGUUGAGAAAUAUGAAAAAUUUGUAGAUAGUUUACUCGUAAAAACUUUAAGUGGAGCAACGAAUCUUGAUAUCAAGUGGAAAGAAGUUCAAGACUUUGAAGAACGAGAAAAUGGAAAACAAUCAAGUACUGUAGCGUUAGCUCACUCGUCUGAAAAUCGAACAAUUGAUUGUAUUCCCUACGACACGACACGGGUGCAAAUAUCGUCAUCGGAUGUUUCCUCGUACAUAAACGCGUCUCACAUCAUGGAAAUCACGCAGUGGAUACCUACAGCAUUUAUUGUAACUCAAACACCUUUAACGGAUAAAUUAGAUGUUUUUUGGACGAUGGUUUGGGAACAAGAAAGUGAAGUUAUUGCAUGCUUAGCAUCUGAUACUCAGUUGAAUGGAGAAUUAUAUUGGCCCUUAAGUGAGGAAGAUAACUUAGACGUAGGAAAUUUUACUGUUUUGUUAAAGAAGAUCGUUAAUCAUACAACCUAUAUUCAAAGAACUCUUUCUAUUCAACAUAAUAAAAAAAAGACUGAGAGAGUUAUUAUACACAUGCAAUUUCUUGUGUGGCCUUCAAAUGGUUUUCCGAGUAGUCCUGGCGCUAUACUUGCAUUUUCAAGCGACGUGAUGACAGAGCAGGCAUUAAGACGUUGUUCUCCUAAACCUGUAAUUGUACACUGUUUAGACGGCGGUUCAUUGAGCAGUCUGUUUUUAGUAGCCGCAGCGACUGUGUGUCAUAUACGGGCUGCUUGUGGCAUAGUAGAUGUACCGCUGGUUUUUAAAGGCCUUGCAAAAUGUCGCAAACAAGUCGUAAAUAAGGAAUCAUUGUUAUUUGCAUACAGACUUGUAUUGUACCAUGCUCAGGAUAUCUUAAUGAAACGUGGCAUUUUGUCAUCUACACGGGCUACAUUUGAGAAUUUGGAUGGAUUCAAAGGGAACAAGGAGAAAACAUCGCGUAAGUUACAGUGCCAUCCUUCAGAUGAUUUUCUUCAUAAUCUCGGCGUGGGAAUGCAGCGUCCUGAUUCCGAGCAACCAGGAAAAACACAAACAAUUUUAACGAGCGAUAGCACGCCGACUAAAAGUUUAUCGUCACAAGAAAAAUCCAACGGCAGAGUUAUUGAUCCUUUGAGCCAAUUGGAUCCUCUGUGGUCCAUCAGAAGAUAAUUACACAACGCUAGGAAUAUAAAUUCCAUUGUGCAGCUUUAAACAAUUAUUUAAACGAAAUAGGCAUUCCUAUCUUUGUUAAAGUGAUUGAUACAAAUAUCGAUACAAAUAGGGAGAAUUUUUAAGAUAGCUUGUAUAAAUAAUGUUAUAAUAUGGAAUUAAAGAAUAAUGAUGCAUCUAAAUUAGCUUUGAAAUAAAAGACAUUUAUUCAAAUAUUUGUGCUAAUCCUUAAGUUUUAACAGUUUUACUGUCUGUUAAAUAUAUAGAAUAAAAAAUAUAAAACACAUG